UUCACUAUACUUUGUUUUAGCAUCUCCACCAUCCAAAUUCCUCAAGAAGAGAAAUAUUGACAUGGCCUUCCCCGGAGAAAGUAACCAGAUUCUGGAAGAAGUAAACUCUGCCGUGAAGACGUUGAUACUAAAUAGGCCUGAGAAGCUGAAUGCAAUCUCACCUUCAAUGGCUUCUAAAUUAUUGGACACGUUCCAAGCAUAUGAGAAAGACUCAAAUGUCAAGCUGGUGAUUUUGAAGGGAAAUGGAAAAGCAUUUUGCUCUGGUGGUGAUAUUACUACUGGAGUCCGUCUCGUGUCUGAGGUUAAGUGGAGUUCCGGUGUGAAAUACUAUGGGACGCAACUGAAAUUGAAUUAUGUAUUGGCGACGAACAAGAAGCCUCAGGUCUCGCUCAUUAAUGGGAUAGUGAUGGGAGGUGGCGCCGGACUAUCCAUGCACGGCGAGUUCCGAGUUGUCACAGAGAAUGCUGUAUUUUCCAUGCCAGAAACAUUGUUAGGAUUAUUCCCAGAUGUGGGUUCAUCCUAUUUUCUAUCUAGACUCGCAGGCUUUUUUGGGGAAUACAUAGGUCUCACUAGCAGAAGGUUGGAUGCAGCUGAAAUGGUAGCAUGUGGCCUCGCAACUCACUUUGUUCUUUCCAUGAACCUGCCUCUGUUGGAAGAAGCACUGAAUAAGGUGGAGUCAUCAGAUCCAGCUGGCAUCUGCACGAUUAUUGAUGAGUUUUCACUGAGACCAGUUUUGAAGAAAGAUAGUGCUUAUCAAAGACUUGAGAUUAUCAAUAAAUGCUUCUCAAAAGAAACAGUUGAAGAAAUUCUAUCUACACUUGAGCAUGAGGCAAUAAAUAAAGCGGACGUGCCAAUAAGCAAACCAGAGAAGUGGGCUGUUGCAGCAAUCAAGUCAUUGAAGAUGGCAUCGCCAACCAGUCUUAAAGUUUUUCUCAGAUCGAUCAGAGAAGGACGGACGCAAGACAUCAGCCAGUGCCUAAUCCAAGAAUACAGAAUGGUCUCUCAUGCCUUGCGAAGAACAGUCAGCAAUGAUUUCUAUCAGGGUUGCAGGGCGAUAUUGUUCGACAAAGACGGAAGGCCUAAGUGGGACCCUUCGAAACUUGAAUUGAUUAGUAAAGAAAUGGUGGACCAGUAUUUCACCAAGGUGGAUGAUGAGGAUUGGGAAGAUCUACAGCUUCCUGUUAGAUCGAACACUGCCGACUCAGUUAGAGCAAAACUAUAAGGAUCCUUGGCAGACAGCGGUUAUAUGAGUUGUGAGUUGCCACCACUUGGGGAGAUCUAUCAUCCAUGAAUUCAUAGAUAUGUUAUGUAAGAGAAUGGGCUGCAUGUUUGUUAUUGUGUUCGUAAUAGAGAUGUCGUCGA